UGCCGACGUGGGGCCGGCGGCCGCGGGCGGUUGGGAGCCCCGGGUGCGGGUGCGCAGCGGGAGGCGGGCAUGGGGGGGCUGCGGCUGCUGGCUGUGGCCCUCACCUGCUGCUGCUGGCCGCCGGGCAGCCAGGGCAAGACCCUGCGGGGCAGCUUCAGCAGCGCCGCGGCCCGCGACGCGCAGGGCCAGAGCAUCGGCCUCUUCGAGUUCCACGGGGACCACGCUCUGCUGUGUGUCAGAAUCACAAAUAUAGCCGGAGCCAUCGCAAAAGAAGCUAAGCUCUACCUGUACCAAGCUCAGGAGUGGAUAAAGCUGCAGGAAAACAAUGACCACUAUAGUUGCAGUGAAAUAUUGUCCAAAGCACAAAUAACAAUGACCAUAAAUCAGACUGAACAUAAUCUGACAGUGUCCCAGAUUCCGUCUCCACAAAUGUGGCACGUGUUUUAUGCAGACAAAUUCACAUGCAAAGAUGAUCAUGAGAACUCUCAGGUGGAAGAUAUUUCAUUCGAAAUGAUGUUGCUAAACCCAGAUGCCGAAGGAAAUCCAUUUGAUCAUUUUAGUGCUGGAGAAUCUGGGCUGCACGAGUUCUUCUUCCUGCUGGUGCUCGUGUACUUCGUGGUUGCCUGCAUCUACGCACAGUCGCUGUGGCAGGCCAUCAGGAAGGGCGGGCCCAUGCACGGGGUCCUCAAGGUCCUGACCACUGCGCUGCUCUUGCAGGCUGCCUCGGCUCUAGCUAAUUACAUACACUUCUCCAGGUACUCCAGAGACGGCACGGGAGUACCUUUCAUGGGGAGUUUGGCCGAAUUCUUUGACAUCGCUUCCCAAAUUCAGAUGUUGUACCUCCUUCUGAGCCUGUGCAUGGGCUGGACCAUCGUCCGGAUGAAGAAGUCCCAGAGCCGACCGCUCCAGUGGGACUCCACCCCUGCCUCCACGGGCAUUGCUGUGUUCAUCGUCAUCACCCAGAGUGUGUUGCUGCUUUGGGAGCAGUUUGAAGACGCCAGUCCUCACAGCCACCACUCACACCACCUAGCCGGGAUUCUGCUAAUCAUUUUGCGAGUUGGCCUCGCAUUGUCCUUCGGCUGCGGCCUGUACCAGAUCAUCACGGUGGAGAGAAGUACCCUGAAAAGGGAGUUCUACAUCACAUUUGCCAAAGGCUGUAUCUUGUGGUUCUUGUGCCAUCCAGGCCUUGCUUGCAUUUCCAUCAUCUUCAGCGACUACCAAAGAGAUAAGGUUAUUACAAUGGGCGUCAUCCUCUGCCAGUCUGUUUCCAUGGUGAUUCUCUACAGACUCUUCCUGUCCCACAGUUUAUACUGGGAAGUUUCCUCUCUCUCCUCCGUAACGCUGCCACUGACCAUCUCCUCUGGACACAAGAGUCGGCCUCACUUCUAAUGCUCGAUUUUCGUUGGAAGGAAAAGCCAAUUGAUGGAACAGUGCAAUCAGCAGUUCAAAUGCAGUGACUUUUUUUUCAUACUUUUGCUAUGAAAAAUUGAACCAAGAAAGGAGAGCAUGUUAUUUAUAUGACUGCAUUUAAGCAGUACCAAACCAGAAAAAAAAAUACAUGAAUGUUUUGAAUUAUACUUAAUAAACUUUCAAGAAAGA